AUGAACCACAAUCAAUUCUAAAGACAUGAUCUUAUUGGAGCUGAUAUUUUUCAAAAUGAGCCUGAAAAUAACAUAAGAUAUAUAGAUAAUGGAAGAGAAGUAGAAAUUAAACAAAAUGCCCCAAUGCUUAGAAAAUUUGUUCUUCAGUAACUUUAAGAAAAUAAUAUAGAUUAAUCAUGCAGAUCCUAAUAAGUCUUAGGGGAAAAAAUUCAGAUGGCUUUGCUCACAUAUAUUGAAAAAUAUCCUGAUUACUUUAAGAAGAAUUACUCUUAUGUGCUCUUUAAUUUAGGAAGAGUUAACACGGCAGAAUAGAGCUUGAAAAUAUAACAGCAAUUAUGCUAAUUACUUGAAGAUAAAGAUUGCUUUGGCAGUAUAAAUUACUACAAUGAAAGACUGACUGGACUCUUAGUAAUGGAACUUAAUGUAUAAAAAAUAUUACAAGAAUUUACAGUAAAUAACUUUGAAUAGCAGGCAUAAUUUGACAAAGUCUUUGAGGAAGACAUUGAGCAAAGAAUUAAAUAAAAGUGGGUCAGAUGCGAAAGAUUUUUGAUGUUCUAUAAUUGA